UACUUAUUUACUUGUAACUUUUUAAGCAUAGCCAGACAUGGUAUGACAAACCGCAUACCUAUAUUUCACCUGAUAUCAUCAGCUCAGCUCAGCUCUUCCCUAAACAACCGAGAUUGAAACAAUGUCUAUUCAAAUUCGUGAAACCAUUCUUGAAUGUCUUGCAGAAGCUCAAUCUGACAGAAAUGAGAAGCAGCAGAAAUCCCUGCGAACCUUGGCCACAAUCACAAAGGUUAACCCACAAAACAGGGAUUUGGUGGCACAAACCAAUGGUGCAAUCCCUACACUUCUCCAACUAUCUAAGUCGUCAUUCCCAAAUAUCCAUAUCCUUGCACUAUCUAUACUCUUCAACCUGUCCCUCAACCCAAAUCUGAAACGCUCGCUAGCAGAUAUGGAAAUUAUUUUCUACCUCAAUUCUGUAAUUCUGUCCCCCAGCACGGCCGAAAUCAGCAAACUAUCAGCCUCUUUGCUGUGCAGCCUGGCAAUGUUGGACAAGAACAAGGCCAAGUUUGGUGUCGCUGGUACCAUUCAGGUUCUGGUGAAAGCAAUUUCCCGACCGAAAAAUCCUGCGGCUCAUCACCUGCUCAGCACAUUGGCCGAGCUCGUGCAGUUUCACGGGAAUUGCACGGUGGCAGUUCAGUCAGGAGCAGUUCCCGUGCUGGUCCAAGUAGCCGAAAGCACUGAAGGAGAGGAUCUUUCUGGAACUUCCUUGACAAUCCUAGGAUUACUCGCCAGGUUCGAUGAAGGAUUAACUGCUUUAAGGAAAACGGAUGAAAUAGUAAGAAAAAUGCUGGAAGUUUUAAAAGGAAGGAGCAUGUUGAGUAAGGAGGGGGCUGCAGAAAUUCUUCUGCAGUUGUUUGAUGACAGUGAAGGGUGCCUGAGAGAAGCUUUAAGGCUGCCAGAAUUUUCGUCUGUGCUGGCAGAUAUUUCAGUGAGAGGCUCGGGAAAGGCUCGAGAAAAGGCUGGUUUGCUGAUGAAAAAGAUCAUGAAAGCUAGCUUAAAUUCGGCUACUGAUGGAGAUUCUGGUUUUCUCCAAUGGUAAUCUGGUUUUCAUAUUUAGACGGGCUAAGAUCUAAUCCUAUGUUUUAUUGGGAAGUAAUCUCUUCAUACUGACUGAAAAAGCCAAAGGGAGCGACUUCCUCUGGCUGUUAAGAAAAUCCAAACAUGCUCUAAGCUUGUUUCCUUAGCCCACACAGUGCCUUUACUAGCUUGACACACAAUAAACUUCAAUGAAUAAUGCCAUUUAUUAUUAACUACUUAGUUAUACUCUGUGAUGUGAUGAUCGAUAAGCACUGCUUAUGAAUAGCAAUUAGUAACUUUAAACGUAAUGUGCAGCACAUGUAAAUCACUGAUUUAGAAGAUCUCGAGUUUUUCUAAGUCUCUGUUACUUUCUUCACAUUUAUAUGACGACUUGCUCAACCUUCAGACCUAUUCACCUUCCAUUCUCAGACACUGAGCUUCUUAUGCUGGUUCCAAGUGAUUCUAAGUAACAAGAAAAUGGCAAAGAAAGCAAAGAGAAGUGACACUAUGACCAUGUCUCGUUCCUCACAGUUUUGGUGCAAUUGUAUUCAGAACGAAGGCAAGCCUUUGAGUCCAAUA